UACCUCAGUUUACCUCAGUUGGCCUCCUGCUCCAGUUUCGUAACUCCAAACCUUCCGACAGCACCUGAACGCAUCAGUUACUUCAUAACACCUCAGUUGCAGAUUGAAUAUCGAGCCGAGAGGAAACAACCAUGGCAGCACUGUUCAAGGCGAGGAAAGCUCUUGGCUUGUGUCUCAGCGGCUGUCGAGGGCUGUCUCAGCUGGCAGAGUUACCAGACACACAUCAGCUCCUGAGACAGACCUGCAGAGACUUCGCUGACAGAGAACUGAACCCCAUCGCUGCCAAACUGGACAAAGAGCAUGUGUAUCCUGCCAAACAGAUUCAGGAGCUGGGGGCGAUGGGGGUGAUGGCCAUAGAGGUGCCCGAGGAGCUGGGCGGAGCUGGGAUGGAUUAUCUGGCGUACUGUUUGGCGAUGGAGGAGAUCAGCAGAGGCUGCGCCAGCACGGGAGUCGUUGUCUCCGUGAACAACUCGCUCUACAUCGGACCGGUUUUGAAGUUUGGCACAGAAGAACAGAAACGGCAGUGGAUCACACCGUUCACCACCGGAGAGAAGGUGGGCUGCUUCGCCCUCAGUGAGCCAGGUAACGGCAGCGAUGCGGGCGCAGCCUCCACGACAGCUCGCCAGGACGGAGACGAGUGGGUGCUGAACGGCACCAAAGCCUGGAUCACCAACAGCUGGGACGCCUCUGCCACCGUCGUGUUCGCCACCACCGACAAGUCGCUCAAACACAAGGGUAUCAGUGCCUUCCUGGUCCCCAUGCCACACCCGGGGCUCUCCCUGGGGAAGAAGGAAGACAAGCUGGGCAUCAAAGCGUCGUCCACUGCUAACAUCAUCCUGGAGGACUGCAGGGUACCGCUGGGGAACAUGCUGGGCCCUCGCGGAGCCGGAUUCAAGAUCGCCAUGCAAACCCUGGACAGCGGACGGAUCGGGAUCGCCGCUCAGGCUCUCGGCAUCGCUCAGGCUUCUCUGGACUGCGCUGCAGACUACGCACACAAACGCACGGCAUUCGGAUCGCCCAUCGGCAAACUGCAGGCCAUACAGUUCAAACUGGCUGACAUGGCGGUGGCGAUAGAGAGCGCCCGGCUGCUCACCUGGAAGGCUUCGCUCCUCCGAGACGCAAAGAAACCUUUCACCAAGGAAGCAGCCAUGGCCAAACUAGCAGCGUCUGAAGCCGCCACGUUCUGCUCCCAUCAGGCCAUCCAGGUUCUGGGCGGGAUGGGCUACGUGGCCGACAUGCCGGCCGAGAGGCACUACCGCGACGCUCGCAUCACCGAGAUCUACGAGGGCACCAGUGAGAUCCAGAGACUGGUCAUAGCCGGCCAGUUACUGAAGGAGUACCAGUCGUAGACGCGCUGCUGUCAGUGCCUUUGGGACAGUAAUGGACAUUUUUUAUAAUCCCACAUCUGGAAUCAGAUAAAUCAACCCCGGAGACGUCAAGACAGAGAGGCCAGUAGGAUGAACUUUAACGUGAGCUGUGGUGCAGCUUAUACAUCAGGAGCAGAUCAGAGACGAUGCAGAAAAGUCCAGAAGAGACCGACACGAUGUUCAGUGUCCGUUAACUUCAGUGUCUCGUCCCUCUUUAUAACCUCAACCGUAAAAUAACCUCACACUUGUCUCUGCCGCCAUAAGAGGACAUUAGUGUGUUGCCAAUUUAAAGGGUCAGUUCACAUUAUUAUUUAAAAAACAAAAAAGACACUUUCUCCUGCUGAUGUUGAGCCGUUCAGACGCUGCUUCAUAUCUUUGGAGGUAUCAACGUAACACGUCUGCUGACAUUCAAGCUCUUAAAGGAUUUAAAAACCACGUAUUCUACUUAUGAAAAUAAUCAAAAGCAGUUGCUCUCUAUAGAAAAAACCUCAAUUAAGACCUUGUUGGCUUAAGUGAGAUGAUCCUGCUGCAACAUGAAGCCCCUGUAGGGAAUAAUGCCGUGUCUCAGUGUCUCAGCCAUUAGCUGCUAACUGCUGCCAGCUGCUGUUUAAAUCUCCCAGUACUUAUCAGUCAAAACGUCAAACGCCUGUUCUGUCUUUACACAAACGUUGUGUUAAAGGAGUUUAAUCUCAUUUACUGUUUGCAGUGGGACCUUUUUUAUUUAAUGUCAACUGACGUAACGUGAAUGUAAAAGAAAAUCUGUAUUUUGCCUUUUUUUUGUUAUCGUUUUCUGUCCUACAACUGAACUUCACUCACCCUGAACACGAUCACGUUUGUCCUGAUGUGGCCUUUUCCAGAACAAUCUGGUUUGUAAAACACAUGACAGAACAUAGAACAGGUGCUUAAACGUUGUGUUGAUGGUGGGAAAAUGAGGAGUUAAAUGAAUGCAGCAGAACCAGAGUUAUUAUACGAUGGACGGUGACUCAGACACCGCUGGAGGAUCAUCAGGCUGCUCACGGCCUCCUCUGGAGACACUUCACUUGUUUGAACUGCUUAUCGACAUGAUCAGCGGUCGGAGCUGCAGCCGAGCCUGUGACACACAGCUAAUGGAGGAAGUACUUAAGCUACUUCCUCUGUGAGUCACAACUGAGUCAAAUCUGCACAAACACACACUUAUUUUUACAUUUACAGUGAUUUGUGCUUUGAUUUUGUUGUCACUCCGCCUCGAUUAAAACAUCAGCAAACCUGCGUUACAAAUCAGAUGCUCCUUGUCUCUGCGGAACCUGCCUGAGAAUCUUCACGUUUUAAUGUUUUCUUCAGUAUCAAAGUCAUCCGGUGAUGCUUAUCUGAGCAACCAUGAGCACGCUGCAAACAGGAAGCGCUAAUGGCUAAUUCGGCUAACGUUAAGUGUUGCUGAUUUACCAAAAGCGCGCACAAAUACGAGAUAACACAUCUGAAGUUGUCGUGCAUGAGUAACUGUCUCUGUCUGAUUACAGAACAAAAUCAAGUUUCGCAGGCUCACGUUCUGUAUUUUUGGGUGAACUGACCCUUUAAGGUUAUUGUGCCUGACUGUCUCUGACCUACAUGAGUAGAGGAAACACUCUCCCUGUCUGUGAGAGGCUGAACCAGCAGGGGGCGACAGCGUGCCUUCAUGCUGUCUUGACCCACUUCUGCUUCAUCCUGACUCACCUGGGGGGGCAAAACACUGCAAAGUAAUCUCAUUACACACCUGUUGUUCUGAACGUGCACGGUUGUUGAUUUACUAAUUAGACUUUUUCUGGAUGGUAGUUAGAGUUUAUACUUGAAUAAUGAAACGUGGAAAUUCAAAAGUUUGGGCGUUGAAACGUGUGAAGAGGCUGUGAAAUGAAACAUAGAACGUCUGUUUCACUGUGGCUGAUCUCACAAACCUCUCGUGCCUCAAUAACUUGUACAUAUUUUAAUGUAAUUUAUUGUGUGCAGAUGAUAAUAAAACACAAUUGCAGCACUUUU